AUCUCAGAAAAAUUUCUAGUUUGGACAGCCCCACUAACAUCUCGGAAUGCCAUUCAUUCAAUUCAUUCGGUUGCACAAAUAAUCAACCAGUUGGUUCGAACAAUACUGAUCUGGACUCUUUCACAAUCAAACAAUUCCCUAGCACUGAAUUUAAUUCGAGAUGCCAGUCAUACAACCCUUAAAGGGGUCGACCGAGGCCCCUGCGACUUACAAGCAGCCCUCGAGAAAAGGCAAGAAGGCCUGGAGAAAAAACGUCGAUGUUACGGAAGUUGAGAAGGGUCUCGAGGAGUUAAACGAGGAAAUCCUCAAGGGUGGUGUUAUCGCAGAACGACCCUCGGACGAACUUUUCGUGCUUGAUACAGUCGGCGAUACCUCAAUAGCAAAGAAGUACCCGAAGCAUACCUCUAAACCCUUGAAGGCCGAUGAAAUCAUCGCAGCGCGCUCGGUCGUACCUACUGUUGCCUCGCGCAAACGUCCAGGUGAUAAAACUACAGAUGGUAUCCUUCCGGCCAAGCGACCAAAGCGGGAAUAUGUCACACAAAAGGAACUUAGUCGAUUGCGCAAAGUAGCGGAUGGUUUUCAUGGAGAGACUGUGGAGGUUGCGGAUGCGUCUUACGAUCCGUGGGGAGCGGUAGCUGCACCUGAACCGAAAACACCGGCUUUAGUAGAGGAUAGGAGAGGUGACCAGAAAAAGGCGCCAAAGUCCAUUGUACAGAAGCCAAUUUCACUAUUAGCAAGUGGAAAGGCACCCAAAGCCGUACCGACUCCUACGGGCGGAUAUAGUUAUAACCCGGCUUUUGCAGACUACGAAGCUCGUUAUACUGAAGAAUCAAACAAAGCAGUAGAAGCAGAGCGCAAACGAUUAGAGGCUGAAGAAGCUGAGCGUCUCAAGCAAGAAGCUGCAGCUAGAUCAGCUGCCGAGGCAGAGGCUGCUGAAGCUCGAGCGGAACUAUCCGAAUGGGACGAGGAUUCAGAAUGGGAAGGGUUCCAGAGCGGUGGCGAAGAACUCAAAGUUAGCGCAAAGCGACCAGAACGCAAGACCAAAGCACAGCGCAAUAGGAUCCAAAGGCGAAAAGAAGAAGAGCGCCGACUGAAACACGAGGCCAAGACCAAGGUUCGGAAAGCCCAAUUGGAAGAGAUUAAACGAAUUGCAAGGGAAGUUGCCGAACGUGAACGUGAAGAGAAUUUAGCGCUCGCGCGGGCCGAAGAGAGCGAAAGUAGCGCCGAUGAUAACGACGAGACUAUCCGACGCCGCCAAUUAGGCAGAUUAAGGCUACCCGAGAAGGAUCUAGAAUUGGUCCUACCAGACGAACUUCAAGACUCUUUACGCCUCCUAAAACCUGAAGGCAAUUUAUUGAAGGACCGUUACCGAAGCUUGUUGAUUAGAGGAAGGAUGGAAGCCAGAAGGAGAAUACCAUUCAAGAAGCAGGCCAAGACUAAGCUCACGGAGAAAUGGGCUUAUAAAGACUUUAGCAUCUAGAGCCGCCUACACGAGGUCCCAAGUAUAUGGACAACCAACCAGAUUCCCAAUAAAUUACAAUAAGCUUUUCAGGAAAAUCAUUAUACCUAUGAUAGAUAAUUCGAGGAUCAUGAGAUGCGACACGGUGAGUCAGCUUUCGGCCAAAUUGCAACGUUCCAAUGCACGAAUCCCGAAAGAAUGAACCCCUACGACGUAGAACAUUCGACAGGUUCCUUACAUAUUUCCCAAUCGCACAUACGCCCCUGGUGGCACAUGUCGAUUAUGAGAUUGAUGACUCAAUAAUUUCGCAACCUACUAUAUAAAAGUGUAACUACAUGAUGGCAAUUUGAGGCUCAAAAGCUUAACAUAGCUUCACAUCAAAUUGUGACAAUAUUUCUGAGCGGGAAUUAAAAUCGCAAGAUAAAGUCGAAAGUGAGAAAUAUAGAGCGUUAAUUGAUCUUCGCACUAAGGCGAAAGCGGGUCGAAUAGCAGGUAAGCUUGUGAAAAUUCCAGGCUAUUUCCAGCGGCAGUGACGGCGAUCGGAAGCUGGGAAGGUCCCACAUCUACCCACUCCCAUGGGUAUGACGCACUACAUACGCCAGUAACUUCGCUGUAACACAAGUUUGUCCA